AUUUAAAAGAGAGAAAAAAGAAAUUAACAAGCUGUGUAGCGCGCUGCACAUGACCAGCCAUGCUUGCUAGGUCUGUCUGUUGGCUGUUGCUAUGGCUACGAAAAGCCAGCGGAACCCAAUGAGCUGUCUGCAACCGCGCUGAGAGGACCAGCCAUUUUACUUAGGGAAAGCAGUGUGGCACAGAGCUUCACCCAGGAAGAAGCAAAUUUAAAAAUAAUAAUAAUAAUAAAUAAUAAUAAUAAAUCUUUUUUUUGAACGAAGAGAGCCACAUCAGGCAUGCCAGCGCACAAUUAUUGCGGCCACGUGUGCCCGCCAGCCGCCCCUGCGACAAGCUGCUGACUGCCUUUGCAAUUAGCUGAUUGGAGAGCGGGGGAACGCAGGGUGAUAAUGCUGCGUAUCCGCUCGCGGGCAGCAGGAAAGGGUUUUGUCUCGGCCAGGCAAGCCUUCCCCGCACGGUUGUCUCGGCAGCUCCCGAGCUGAGAGGCCCGGGGCUCUGAAGGGAGGGGGUCGCCCCCUGCCAGCACGGGUCCUGUGCCAGGCUGCUGCUCCCGAGCCGCAGGUCUGGGACAGCAGGUGUGCGCGCGCGGAUGGGCACUGGGCUGGAACGCGGGCGGACGCUCUCGGCUUCACCUGCUUCCUGUUAACAGACCGUGGGCUCGCAGGGCAUCUGCUCCUCCACGCUGCAGCGGAGGCUGAGGAAGGGGCUCCGGGCAUCCCACUGGACUGACGGAGACACUUGGAUUGGACUUAAUCUUAAACCUCUGGAGGUCAAGACCUUUUAAAAAGGGCUAACUAAACAAUCUCUACAUGUAAAAGGCCAGUGACCCCUACUUCCUCUGCUGGAACAACUGUGAAGUUCAGCCUCUUCCAGGAAAACUGAAGACUUUAAUAACAAAUCCUUCAAGGUGAAAAUGAAUACAGAUAGCGGUGGGUGUGCUCGCAAACGUGCCGCCAUGUCUGUCACGUUAACAUCUGUGAAGAGAGUUCAAAGUUCUCCAAACCUAUUGGCUGCAGGACGUGAUUCUCAGUCUCCGGACUCAGCUUGGAGAUCUUACAAUGCUCGAAAUCCAGAGGCACUGAACGGAGAUGCCACGUAUUCCUCUCUUGCAGCAAAAGGCUUUAGAAGCGUUCGACCAAACCUGCAAGACAAAAGAUCAGCAACCCAGAGCCAGAUAACCAUCAACGGCAACUCUGGUGGUGCUGUGAGUCCAGUGAAUUACUAUCAAAGGCCAUUUUCCCCCUCUGCGUACUCCCUUCCAGCCUCGCUCAACUCCAGCAUCAUCAUGCAGCAUGGACGGUCACUCGAUUCUGCAGAGACAUAUUCCCAGCAUGCCCAGUCUCUGGAUGGCAGCAUGGGAAGUUCCGUCCCACUCUACAGAUCCUCGGAGGAAGAGAAGAGGGUGACAGUUAUCAAAGCCCCACAUUACCCUGGGAUAGGCCCUGUGGAUGAGUCUGGGAUCCCCACAGCCAUCAGAACGACGGUUGACCGGCCAAAGGAUUGGUACAAGACAAUGUUUAAGCAAAUUCAUAUGGUACACAAGCCGGAUGAGGACACAGACAUGUAUAAUACUCCUUACACAUAUAAUGCAGGUCUGUACAACUCACCCUACAGCGCUCAGUCCCACCCUGCUGCGAAGACCCAGACCUACAGACCUCUUUCCAAGAGCCACUCAGACAAUGGCACAGAUGCUUUUAAGAAGGCACCCUCCCCAGUGCCUCCCCCGCACGUUCCCCCGAGACCAAGAGAUCAGCCUUCAACCGAAAAGCAUGACUGGGACCCUCCAGACAGAAAGGUGGACACCAGAAAAUUUCGAUCGGAGCCAAGGAGCAUUUUUGAAUAUGAACCUGGGAAAUCAUCCAUUCUGCAGCACGAAAGACCCCCCCCUCUCCCAACAACUCCGACACCUGUUCCCAGGGAGCCCAGCCGGAAGCCUCUCCCGGUGUCACCCUCCACCGAAGGCCUGCGUAGCCCUUCCCCUCCGCCCAGGAGCCGUGUCCCCGCACCCCGUCCAAGUGCCCCAGCGCUCUCUCCCACCCUGACGGGUCGCAUAAAUCCAGAUGACAUAGAUUUAGAAAAUGAGCCCUGGUAUAAAUUCUUUUCAGAGCUGGAGUUUGGACGUCCGCCUCCUAAAAAGGCUCUGGACUAUGUUCAAGAUCACUCUUCCGGUGUGUCCAAUGAGGCUUCCAUCUAUCAGGCCUCCAUAGACAGAAGCCUGGAAAGACCCAGCAGUUCUGCAAGCAUGGCCGGUGACUUUAGGAAGCGGAGGAAGAGCGAACCUGCAGUGGGCCCACCCAGAGGCUUGGGGGAUGCGAGUGCAAGCAGGGCCAGCCCUGGCCGGGCAGACCUCCCAGGAUCAAGCUCCCCCUUCACGAAGUCUUUCAUUAGUUCUUCUCCUUCAUCUCCCUCAAGAGCGCAAGGUCGGGAGGAGAGCAAAAUGUGCCCAUCCCCUUGCAGUUACUCAGGGCUCAAUGGCGCCCACUCUGGUGAGUUAGAGUGUUGUAGCGCUUAUAGACAGCAUUUGGACGUCCCCAGGGACUCUCAAAGAGCCAUCACUUUCAAGAAUGGCUGGCAAAUGGCCCGGCAAAAUGCAGAGAUCUGGAGCAGCACUGAAGAGACUGUUUCCCCCAAAAUCAAAUCACGUAGCUGCGAUGACCUUCUCAAUGAUGACUGCGACAGCUUCCCAGACCCUAAAACCAAGUCAGAAAGUAUGGGCUCUCUGUUAUGUGACGAAGACUCCAAAGAGAGCUGCCCCAUGGCCUGGACCUCCCCCUACAUCCAGGAAGUGUGCGGUAACAGCAGAUCCAGGACCAAACAUAGGUCAGCCCAUAACGCCCCGGACUUCCUCAAAAUGUACAAGAAGAUGCACCGCAUCAACCGCAAGGAUUUGAUGAAUCCCGAGGUCAUUUGCUCCGUGAAAUCCAGGAUCCUGCAGUAUGAAAAGGAGCAACAGCACAGGGCUCUGCUCCACGGGUGGAGCCAGUCCUCCACGGAGGAGGUGCCCAGGGACGUGGUACCCACUCGUAUUUCGGAAUUCGAAAAGCUGAUCCAGAAGUCCAAGUCCAUGCCCAAUCUCGGAGAUGAAAUGUUAUCUCCCGUUACCCUGGAAGCCCAACAAAACGGCUUGUGUCCCAAGAGGCGAUUUUCCAUUGAGUCUCUGCUGGAGGAAGAGACUCAGAGUAGACACCCUUCUCAGGCUCAGCGAAGCUGCAAGUCUAAAGCCCUGGUGCCCAUCCACAUCGAAGUCACCAGCGACGAGCAGCCUAGAACGCACACGGAGUUCUCCGACAGCGACCAAGAUGGGGUGGUGUCCGACCACAGCGACUACGUCCAUGUAGAGGGCUCGUCCUUUUGCAGCGAAAGUGACUUCGACCACUUCUCCUUCACCUCCUCUGAGAGUUUCUAUGGCUCCAGCCACCACCACCACCACCACCACCACCACCAUCACCACCACCGACACCUCAUCAGUUCCUGCAAGGGCCGAUGCCCAGCCUCUUACACUCGCUUUACCACGAUGCUAAGACACGAAAGAGCUAAGCACGAAAAUAUCGACCAGCCCAGGAGGCAGGACAUGGAUCCCGGCCUGUCUAAGCUCGCAUUUCUAGUCAGCCCCGUGCCUUUCCGGAGGAAAAAAAUCGUGACCCCCAAGAAACAGACUGAACAGGCAAGAUGCAAAACCUCUGUAGUUGAGGCUCUGGACUCGGCCCUUAAAGACAUCUGUGACCAGAUAAAAGCCGAAAAGAGGAGAGGGAGCCUGCCGGACAACAGUAUAUUGCACAGGCUUAUCAGUGAGCUGCUGCCAGAGAUUCCCGAGAGGAACUCGUCUCUUAAUGCUCUAAGGAGGAGCCCCGUGCCCCAGCCUUUCCACCCACUGCCUCAAGACGGUGCUAUUCAUUGUCCACUGUACCAAAACGACUGUGGGAGAAUGCCUCACAGUGCCUCUUUCCCAGACGUGGACGCAACCAACAGCAACUACCAUGCCCAGGAUUAUGGUAGCACACUGAGCCUCCAAGAUCAUGAGUCCACUAGAAGUUACUCAUCUACUUUUACUGACUUGGGAAGAAGUACAUCGCGGGAACGAAGAGGAACCCCAGAAAAAGAGAAAUUGCCUGCAAAAGCAGUCUACGAUUUCAAAGCUCAGACAUCUAAGGAGCUGUCAUUUAAGAAAGGAGAUACUGUGUACAUCCUCAGGAAAAUUGACGAAAACUGGUAUGAGGGGGAGCACCACGGCAGAGUGGGCAUUUUCCCAAUCUCAUACGUAGAGAAACUAACACCCCCGGAAAAAGCGCAGCCUGCGAGACCUCCACCCCCAGUCCAGCUGGGAGAGAUCGGAGAAGCCAUAGCCAAAUACAACUUCAAUGCAGACACCAACGUGGAACUCUCCCUGCGAAAGGGAGAUAGGAUUAUUCUUCUUAAAAGAGUUGAUCAAAACUGGUAUGAAGGUAAAAUCCCAGGAACCAACAGGCAAGGCAUCUUCCCUGUUUCCUACGUAGAAGUCAUCAAGAAGGACACAAAAGGUGCUGAGGACUACCCUGACCCUCCUAUACCCCACAGCUACUCUACAGACAGAAUUCAUAGCCUCAGUUCUAAUAAGCCACAGCGUCCUGUCUUCUCUCAUGAAAACCUUCAAGGUGGGGGGGAACCGUUUCAGGCUCUGUAUAACUAUACUCCUAGGAAUGAAGAUGAGCUGGAACUCAGAGAAAGUGACGUCGUGGAUGUGAUGGAGAAGUGUGACGAUGGAUGGUUCGUGGGGACUUCAAGAAGAACCAAAUUCUUUGGUACUUUCCCGGGAAACUAUGUCAAGAGGCUGUGAAUCACCUCACUCCUUAUUUACGCCGCAUUUCAGAAGCACAUCUGCAUAAUUCACCUGAAACAUCCCAGCAGGCCUGUUGCUGUCAUGCCUUAUGGUUUCCAAUAGGCCAUCACCAUCUCCACCUGCUGCCACCAAAUCACCAGCAGAGUGACUGCCACUGUGAGCCUUAGGGGAAGCUGGGAGCUUUAGGGAGAUGUGGCAAACUUACACCCACAUAAAUAUGCAGUUUCUUGCUUUCUGCCCUGAACUUUGAAAUGUUUGUGUAUGGAAUCAGAAUGAAAGUCGUCAUACUUAAAGACAGUGAAAUAAAUAAGAAAGAAAGAAAGAUGGUGAAAAAAGAAAUAAGACUACUUAGGAGAUUGGUCUCGUGGCUGUAUUUCCACCUCUCCGGAAGGUGUUCUGUCCUCAGGAAGCCAGAAGAUCGUUUUCUGAAAUGCUAUGGUUUGCAUUUUCACUCUCAGCUUGGCAGUGUAUUUUCCUAGUGCUCUCUCUGGUUUACACUAUAUGACAACUAUACUUCAGCUAUCAUUUGCCUGCACUUAUAUAUUGUUUUAUGCACAGUGAUUACAAAAUCUAGAGUGAGUAGGAAAGUUAGUUGGAAUGGGUGAGAUUUUUGUUGAUUCCAUUGAAUUUUCACAUAGGAGUCUUUCCUGCCACUCCCCCACCACCACUUUUUUUUUUUUUUUUUUUUUUGUACUUUAGAAGUGCAAAGUGAGUGAAUAAGAGCUGUUGCUCACUACCUUGAGAGUACAAAAGGUUUAGCCACGCUACAGGACAAAUCGUGUUGUAAAUUUGCAUUGCUGUUUUAUAUUAAAAUGUAAUCAUCAGCAUCAUGAACAAUGAGCUCUUAGUGUUUUAUUUAUCUGUUAAAACUCAAAAGUGUUAGUGAGAGAGGCAAAGAGAUGACAGUAAUAUCAGUAGGUUAGUCUCACUGCGUGUCCACUUACGUGUUUGAGGUUGUAUGAGGACAUAUAGUUCAAACGCUAUGUUGUACAUUUUAUGGAAAUGUAAAAGAAUCCCACAUUAUUUUAUAGAGUACUUCAGGAGCACCCUGAGUGUUAAGGCUGGCUUUAGCAAGGAUUAUGAUCAAUACAAUUAUUUUUACUACAAUAAUUAUUUUUCUUCUAUGGAACCCAGAAUCCUGACUCCGUUUGCAGACAGGAAUAUAUAUGUUGAGCCUGAUUUUUCCGGUGUAUGUAAAGUACUUCCUAGGAACAAAUUAGGCGCUUCUAGAAAUAAUGGUUAAGUCAUUCAGGUUAAGUCAUUUCCUGCCCCAAAACAGACCUACAAAAUGCUACCAAACCUGAAAGAUUUAAUGGAUACACAGUGCCUGCGUUCCACACACCCUGAGACUUAGCUUUGUAUUCCGAAUGAAUUUGCAUAAGAUACAUUCAUCUUUGAAUCUUUAGCACCUUAUAGACAAAACUUUUUAUGGCUUUCCUCACAUGGGCAAUGCUUGAUCUUACACAACAUAUAGACUCUAGCAUUUUGUACAUAUGUUUGUUCUUUGUUUUGUACAGACUAUUUACUUAUUCAGAAAAUGGGAUUUCCCAAUUUGGUCUUUCUCCUGCACUUAAACCGAGUUUUAAACUCUUUCAGCAGACUGCCCUUUACGCUAUCUUCAUAGAUCACAAGCUAAGGUGACCCUGGAAGAUAGCAUCUACACAAAAUUCUAUGAAUUGAAAAGAUCUUAGUAGCCAAUCUGAAAUGCACAUGAAUGUCAGUUACAGAGGAACAUUGUUAGGGGUAGAGGGAGAUAAAGGAAUACCUUUGGGAAACCCCCUUUACUAUCCAGUUCACAACCAGCUUUAUAUUAGAAAAACUUGGGAUUGGAAAAUGAGUCAGCCAGCCACGUGCAGCUUUGCUGAUAAAUGAAUACUUUUUCACACCAUUUAUGAAAACAAAUCUUCAACUCUGUUGCCUGUUAUAUUUAAGAAAAAAAUGCUGUUUCUACUCUCUGUAUCUGAUUUUAAAAGGAAAAAAUAUUCAUACCUGGCUUUCAGGUAAUUGACUUUGAAUUCUUACAAGCAAUGGUCAUUGUGUUUUUCUUGAGUAGAUACCUAAUAAAUUUUGCUUGAAAGUA